UACUUGGAAAGUGAACUUGACUGGGCCAGAAGCAACUGCAGUUUUCAACUUUCUCCUCUGAGAAGAUACUGAUUCAGUACUCUCGAAAGGUUGCCUAAGAUGAGGCAUACGUAUUUCCUGCUUGUGAGACCCAGGCCUGGAUUUACUAGCAGAUUCGUAACAUCCAGCUGACAGGAUACAAACAAAAUAAUGAAAUCAAACCUUAACCACUCCUUCAAAAUGAAGCGUGAUUUUGAUUGUUCAUCUCUCCAUACUGGCUUUGCACCACUGAAAUCUACUGGUGAGAACACAAGACUGGAAGAAUCCUGCCCCUUGAAUUAUGAGGAAGGCUUUUGUAAAAGCUGUGCUGAAGAGCAUCAGAAAAUUCUCCUUAAUGACUCUCAGCAUGCAGCCACCAUAAAUCUAGAUCUUGAAGAUGAAGGAAGACUUGUACAUAACAAAGAAAACAAACAAGUAGCCCAGAGACUUGAUGAAGGUAUUUAUGAAAUAGAGACAUUGGAAAACAGUAAGCUUCAUGAGGACAGUGGUUACUCCUCCAUGUUAUGUAAUCAAUACACUGAUGCCACAGAACAUGAGGAUAGUAUACCUUUGGCUGGGAAUCUCUGUGGCACACCAAAACAUUGUCUCAUGAAGAACCAAAACCAAGCACAGUUUUCAAAGAAGACUUUGUUGCCAGUAAUCCAUUAUGAAGAACUGAUUUGCUCAACUUUGAAAAAAAGCGGUAAAAGAAAUCUCAAGUCAUGGGCUGUGGUAGACAGAAUCAUUUUCAGGGGAAAGAUUGAACUUUGUAACCUGAUUGGAAAGAAAAUGGGAUUAGAUAGACUAGACAUUGUUGCUGAACUCUUCCAAAAGGACCUAAAGCACAUAUUAGCAAAUAUUUUAAGGCAUCUUGGUGAGAUGGAUUUAGUAAAUUUUGCCAAAGUCAGUACAACAUGGCAGAAGAUUCUACAAGAAGAUAAAUGGAGUUUUCAAGUAUAUAGUAAAGCUGUCAAAAGCCUUUCUAUUGGCACUAAGGCACCAGAGCACACUGCAACAAGGGAGUAUGCUCUCUACCGAGCAACUUUAGCCUCCAUUCAGAAAGCAGUCCCACCAAACAACUUGAAUAAAAAAGGCACCAGAUCCAAAGCAUCUAAGAAUCACAGCAGGCUCAUGGAGUUUUCUGAGGCUGCCAAGACUUUGAAAAACACUGAAAGCUUUAAAGUCUGCCAUCGCUGUAGCUCACCUGCAAAGUAUGACUCCUAUCUACAAAGAGCAACGUGCAACCGUGACAGCUGUGGCUUUGACUUUUGCACAAAGUGCAUGUGCAGCUACCACAGCUCCACUGACUGUAUGAGUGGCAAAACAGUGAAACUCAACUCUAAGCUGAUGCCGCUUCCUGGGACUAAGAAAAGCAAGCAGAAUCUACGGCGGUUGUGAUCUGUCCAUACCAAUUCAGAUAGUCAGAUGCCCCAUAAAAGUUUUUUUAGGGUAUAAAAGUUAUCCACAGGAAUAAGCAACAAAAAAAUGCUUUCUGCCAUCUUAUAUUUUUUUCAAAGUAAAUUGUAUUCCUCUGUGCUAUUUGGUCAUGUUGAAAUUCCUAGGAAUCAUAGCAAAUAUGCAUUUAAAGUCUUCCUAAUCUAUACAUUUCAAAGAAAAUUUAAAAAAUAUUAAUAAUUUAUCUAUUGUGUUCCAGUCUUCAAAACACUCUGCAAUAAUGAACAAAACAAAGUUCUAUCAAGCAGCAUUCCAUGUGUAACCCUGGAAAUUCUUGAAUGCCAGAAGGGAGGUGGGGAAACGAUACUUAUUUAAAAGUCUUUUAAAAACAUUUAUAUUAAAAGACUGUCAAGUGAGGUGAAUGAAGUCCCUUUUAACAUAAAAUUAUGAGGAAGUCUAGAUUUCAUGACUCUCUUCUUUCAAGGAUUUGCCUUAAUUUUUAAAUUUGAAAGUGCAUAAUGCUAUUUUCUCUGAUGGUUUUACCUUAUGUGAAUCUUGAAGUGUUACUCUUCCUUCAUUUCUUCAUUCAGAACCUGCGAGUUUUCAUUGAAUACCUUUUCCAGCUUUUUAAAGAAGUACUGUAU